AUGUUUGUGUCCUCACCGCUGAGGCAAAGGAGAACCGAGGGGUCCACACAUAAAGGAAUACCUGUCCGGAGACACUCUUUCACGUAAAGAAGCACAAUGAACGAGGAGGAGCAGUUUGUGAACAUCGAUCUGAAUGAUGACAAUAUCUGCAGUGUCUGCAAGCUAGAGACAGAAACGGGGACCAUGUCGUUCUGCCAUGUCUGCUUUGAACUCAGCAUCGAAGGUGUCUCCUCUGCUACCUUGUUGCACUCAAAGUCCCUGCGCGGCCACAGAGACUGCUUUGAGAAAUGCCACCUCAUCGCCAACCAGAAGCUGUCACGUUCCAAGGUCUCCCGAAGUGCCUACGAGGGCAUGAAGCUGGCCCUCAGCCAGAAACUGAACCGCAUCAUCCAGUACGCCCAGAACAAAGACUCUGUCUCCUCCAACGGCCCCAGCAGACGAGGGGCCAAGCUCCUUUGUUACAGCCAGCAGAGUGACCGCAAGCUGCUGCCCCAGUCGGACGCACAGGUGCCCCGCUACGCGCCGUGCUGGGACACGGGCAAAGCAGCCGGGCUGCCGGAUUACACCAUGGGGAUGUUGGGGUGCCACACGGCGGAGGAGUUGGGGCUGCUGCAGGAGUCACAGUCCGAUGUUUGGUCCAGUGACGGCAGGAAAGGUGUGCACAGCCGGAGCCAGUUAUCAGCAGGAGGACAGACGCAGCACAGGCACCAGGGCCACAGCAGAGAAGAAUUGACGAAAAUGAGUUUGGACGAACUUCAUCAGCUGAACACCGAGCUGCUGAUGCAAAUUCAGAAGGUCUUCGAGGAGCUGACGGUAGCCGUGCAGGAAAAAGACUCUUUGGCGUCAGAGCUGCACGUGCGUCACAUCGCUAUCGAGCAGCUCUUUAAGAACUGUGCCAAACUGCCGUGGCUGCAGAUCAGCCGCGCCGGGGUCAAGGCCAGCAGCAGCAGCAGCGGCGGCGGCGGGCCCCGUGGAGUGAGCAGCACGCUGCUUAGUGUCUGUGCUCCAGUCUGCUUCUCCAAACUGGGGCCGACUCACAUCUGCGGUAUGUAA